AUGAAAGGUCACUAUAGUUCAGUUUGUGAUAUCUAAAGUUUUGGGCUCGUAUUUAACUUAUUAUUAACAGGUAAAUCACCGUUUCCUGGUUAGAUUUAUGCAACAAUUGCUAAAUAAAUAGAGAUAAUGCUAUUGAUCUUGCGAGUAGAACGCUUGAAAAAAGGAAUAACUUCUUAUUAGUGUUUCAAUCAUCCAUUUAUAUAACUAAUUAAUCGAUGCUUUGAGACAAUUAAAAUGAUUUUAUAGAUGAAGGAGAAGAAAGUGAAAUAUGUUCAAGAUGAAUGCAUAAAAUGA